UUUCCUCUGGUCCGUGUUGAGAUCUGGCGCCGGCUUCUCUUCUGGCCGCCGCUGAGUCUUUCUCGCCCCAGAAAACCCUCUUUCGCCGAUCUAUUAUGAGAUUUGGACGGAGGAAUUCAAGUGUUACAGAGCCUAGAUUUUAGUUUGUGUUUUGUUGCCAUCAAGCAAUAGCUCUCCGUUUCUGUUAUUCUUUGUUCUCUAAUUAGGAUGCGUAAAACCCUAGAUAGGGCUUUCAAAUUUAGGGUUCUUAACCAAUUCCACAAGCGUCUCGAUAUCGGAAAGGUGAGCCCUUUUGAUUCUGAGAUCGCCGGUUGCUUGGCUUCCGAUGCAUUUUGCCCAAAAUAUCGGUGCAAAAACGUGAUCUUUUUCUCAUCCGUUAACCAUAACCCAACUUUGAAUCUUGAUCCUAGCCCACUUUUGGGUACCUCAUUCGAGGAAAGAUGCGAUUUUGAUGACUCAAAGGCACUGGAUGCCGGUAAACAUGUGAAUGCCAAGGACAUCGCUGAUGUGAAUGAUGAACCUAAGUCAGGUCGCCACUUCGGAGAAUCAGAUGAUCCCGAUGAGGAUGUGGAAUCCGAUGAAGAAAUGGAGCGUGAAGACGGGAAUGCAGAUGUUGAACUUGGGGUUCUGGAUUUGUUCGAUCGGAGUCGAGAAGACAAGGAAAACAAAAAAGAGCCAUUAGAAGAAGCAAGAGAUGAAUCAGGACACCCGAUGGUUAGAGAAACAUGUAAGUUGAUUGAGUUGCGGCACAUGUGGAAUCCAAAGCUUGAGGGGGAACUAAGGCACCUUCUGAGAUGCCUUAAUUCCCAUCAAGUUAGUGCAGUGCUCCGUUCCCAGUCAGAUGAGCGUAUUGCAGUGAACUUCUUCUACUGGGCUGACCGGCAGUGGAGGUACCGGCAUGCACCUGAGGUGUAUUACACGAUGCUUGAGCUAUUAAGCAAGACGAAGCUCUGCCAGGCGUCCAGGCGGGCCCUAAGGCUGAUGAUUCGCCGAAGGAUAAGCCGGCGGCCCCAAGACUUUGCUCAUUUGAUGGUCUCAUACAGCCGAGCAGGAAAGCUCAGAAGUGCAAUGCGGGUCUUGAAUUUGAUGCAGAAAGAUGGCUGUGCACCGGAUCUUUGCAUUUGCAACACUACGAUCCAUGUACUCAUAAUGGCCAAACGGUUUGAGAAGGCUUUGAGGUUCUUUGACCGAAUGCAGAGGGUUGGGGUUACUCCUGAUGUGGUCACUUACAAUUGCUUGAUAAAGGGGUUCUGUGAUGCCAACAGGGUUGGCGAUGCUAUGAAAAUGAUCAGGGAGAUGCCUCUUAAGGGCAGCCUGCCAGACAAGAUCAGCUACUACACGGUAAUCAGUUUCUUAUGUAAAGAGAAAAGAGUUGGAGAGGUUAGAGAUUUACUUAAGGAGAUGGAAAUCAAGGCUAAUCUCAUCCCUGACCCGGUCACUUACAGUACAGUGAUCCAUGUCCUCUCGAAGCAUGGGCAUGCUGAUGAAGCCCUUGAGUUUUUUAGAGAAACAGAGGAAAAGGGUUUUCAAGUUGACAAAGUUGGAUAUAGUGCAAUUGUACAUGCUUUUUGUCUUGAUGGGAGGAUGGAGGAGGCCAAGGAAAUUGUUAAUGAGAUGUUGUCUAAGGGCUGUCUUCCAGAUGUUGUGACAUACAGUGCAGUUGUUAAUGGAUUUUGCCGCAUAGGGAAGAUAGAUCAAGCAAGGAAAAUUCUGAGAUAUAUGUAUAAGAAUGGCUACAAGCCCAACACAGUUACAUACACUUCCUUGUUAAAUGGAUUGUGCAGAAUUGGUUCCUCAUUAGAGGCACUGGAAAUGUUGAACAAGAGCGAGGAGGAGUGGUGGACUCCUAGUGUUGUGACAUACAGUGUCGUUAUGCAUGGACUAAGGCGAGAGGGGAAAUUAAAGGAGGCCUGUGAAUUGGUCAUGCAGAUGCUAGGAAAUGGUUUCUUUCCCACUACAGUUGAGGUCAAUUUGCUAAUUCAUGCACUCUGCAGGGAUGGGAAGCCAGGAGAUGCAAAGAAGUUCAUGGAGGAUUGUCAGAGCAAGGGAUGUACAAUCAAUGUGGUAAAUUUCACCACUGUUAUUCAUGGAUUCUGCCAGGAGGGUGAUUUAGAAUCUGCAUUCUCUUUGCUGGAUGACAUGUAUCUCAGUAACAGACAUCCUGAUGUUGUAACUUACACGGUUAUUGUUGAUGCGUUGGGAAAGAAAGGCGAAUUUGAAAAAGCAACUGAACUUGUAAAGAAAAUGCUCCACAGGGGUUUUAUUCCCACACCUGUUACUUACAGGACGGUUAUCCAUAGGUAUUGUGAGAAAGGUAGAGUGGAAGAUUUACUUAAGUUGCUGGAGAAGAUGCUCGUGAGGCAGGAAUUUGGAACCGCAUACAAUCAAGUAAUCGAGAAGCUUUGUGUGUUUGGUAAACUUGACGAGGCUUAUAAGGUCCUGGGGAAGGUUUUGAGGACAGCCUCAAAGUCAGAUGCCCAUACAUGCCACAUUUUGAUGGAAAGUUACAUGAAGAAAGGCCUUCCUUUGCAGUCAUAUAAAGUGGCCUGUAGAAUGUUCCAUAGAAACCUGAUACCUGAUAUGAAACUUUGUCAGAAACUCAGCAGCAAGCUAAUUGCAGAAGGACAUUCUGAUGAGGGAGGAAGGCUUCUGAUUAAGUUUGUUGAGAGAGGACUAACUUUGCCUCAGCAUCAGUAACAUUUCUUUGCCAUGUGAAAUUCAAGAGGUUCAAAUGAGAUUCAUGCUUAGAGAAUGAUUAGCCUCAAAAUUAAGAAUUUGUUUAGUGUGAUGAAGGACAAAGUCUCUCUCACUCAUUAUUUUCAUCGCAAGCUCAGAUAUUGGAUGCAGCUGGUGGCACAACUCGUUUUAGCUUCAUUUGUUUCGCAUGCAUAGGUUGCUGUUGGAGGUGUGAGAGGCUUCGGUUAGAAACCGAGAGAACAUCAAAAAGAGAAGCGCUAUCAAGCUGCUUCCAUGAAAAAGCUUGUCCAAUCCCUCCAUGUCAGUCUUUCAUGCUGGAAUCAACUUCCUGUGAUUCAUAUUGGCUGGUGUUGGUGUUGGCAUUAGAAGUUUAUUUCAGCAACUGAGAGUAAGUUUGGCAUCUAAGGACAUCCAGGAUCGGUUGCACCUUAAAAGUAUGAUCAUCUCUAGAUGAGAAACCCUAAUCCUGACUAUGAGAUUGGCAUGUCUACAUCCAAAGAGGAGGAAGCUUGAGUCACAGUCCACCAGCAGUAGUUGAUCACAAUGAGUCUCCGAUGUCAGCUUGCAGUUGUCCCACAGGCUACAAGUUUAGUAACAAGGAACUAUAUAUCAGUCCACUUGAAGAAGGGAGUGAUUGACAAGGACAUGGUGCAGAAUUUUCAAAGGCAUGAUGCAGUAGCACCAGAAAACAGAGGAAACAAACAUGAAUGUGCAGACAAAGGAGCUCUGUUACUUUGACAUUGUUUUCUUGGAGAGAUUUUGUAAAGAACAAGAAGACUGUGUUUGUUUGAAGAACCCAUCAAGAAUCACUCCGUUGCAAUCUUCACCUCUUCAAUGCAAGCUCAGGUCAGCUGUCCAUUUCUUCAAGGUCUUCAGUGAUGACUUCUCCAGGAAUAUAAUGAUUUAUCCUUUGAGAUCUUCCUCCAUAUGUCUUCAAGUCCAAAAGUUCAAGAUGCAGGUUCAUAGUUUCUCAGCUAAUCCUUCUCGAGCAAGUGGGUUGGAUCCAAAUCCGAUAGUUAUUAAUCCCAAACCGAAGGAUUCAUGCUCAAGAUUUCUAGUCAGAUAUGGGUCGGCAUCGAAGCUACUUUAUCAGAGGGUUCAGAUACAGGAUCCACACCCCAUCCGAUAGAUUUGAAGUGAGAACCCACAUGUAAAGUUGCGGAUCGGAUCCAGAAGGGGGUUUUUGGAUUUGCUGAGCUGCUCCAACCCGUCUGCUUUCCUCUCUGAGCUCUUAAGGUAGAUAACUACAGAGGAUAGCUAGCAGCAGGAGGCAUUAGUGUGGGCAGAGGUCUUCCUGAAAUCAAGUAAAAGAUGGUGAUGCAUGGAACUACUGACACUGCAUCUGAGUUGUCCACUUCUCCACAUAAUCUUGCCUAAACAAGUCAAUCAAUCAGCCAAAACCUCAAUGGAUUAUAUAUAUUGAUUAGAGUUGUAGAAGAACAAACAAUGAUCAUUAGAUAAUUAAUUUUCUUAUCCUUCAGAUUCCUAUUGUUCUUGACAUAUUCCAAUGAUGAUAUGACUACUCUUUUAUCA